AGGAGUUAGUUCACUUGAAAGCGAGACUAACAAGCUCAGUGUUCUACUCAUUUCUCUUCAACCAUGAUACUGAUAUUCCUUUUCAUCCUUUGUUUAGAAUUAGUAAGCAGCAGAGAAUAUUCCGGACAUGAAAAUGCUAAAAUAGCUCCAAUUCCCUAUCGAUUCUCCGAUAAUUCAUUGAAAAAUGAUUACAUGUACGCCUAUUAUUCACCAAAAUUUAAUUCACGUGCGUAUACAAGAAGCCCAUUUAUUGCAAUUCGAUACACUUUCGGAUAUAAACCAUACAGAUACGCUUACGGAGUGAGACCUGUUCUAAAAGAUUAUUUGAAAAAAUUUAGAUCCUGGAAACAAGUAGAGAAAGACCUGGCAGCAACACCAAAACCUGAACUGUUAUCGUAAGAACUGUGGCCAAUUUAUGUUGUAAAGAAGAUUAAAACGCAUUAUUAAUAUGUGAUUUAAUACAUUUCAAUUAUAAGUUAUCAGUUAAUUGUGAUCAAUCAUUUCAUAAAUUGAUCAUCUGAUCGAAUAUCAGCUAAUUAUCAUACAAAAGAGAUGUAUCAGACAUUGAACAAUUAUUUUAAUAAUUAUAUUUCGA